GUACAUUCUAAAACGACCACAAGGAAUCAAUCUUUAACCUGGACGCCGAGGAAGAUGGAGGUGUUGUCUACCAUGCAAUCGCUUCUGCACAGCCUGGCUCAACCCACAUUCACGGUGGCUUCGACUACCAAGCUGUCGUGUCCGGAGGAUUUUAACCUGCUCUUGGACGCCAUUCAAGACACCGACGAGCCCAACGUCCGGCUCAAGAUGGCCCGCCUCGCGCUCCUCUGGCUCCCCCUACCUGAGGUGACGUCCCCGCAGGUCGUGGGCUGCGUGCACAUCCUCGCCACAGACGUAUGGUCCCAAAUCCGAAAGGACGCGGCCGUGGCGGUGGGGCGCGUGCUGCCUGUGCUACCGUGGUCCACCGUGGAAGCUGUGUUGCACGACUUGCUCCAAGUAUUCAAGCAACCCCCCGACGAAGGCGAUGAUGACUGGAAGGGGCGAGAGGGGGCUUUUCGGGUGCUCGCGAGUAUGUUGGCCCAGUUCAAAAAGAAUACCACCCCCCCUUCGACUGGCUUUAGCCUGGGCACACGAAUGAUGCAGUACCUCCCGUCCGCGCUCCUUUGCGACUUGAAACCUGCUGUGUACCAAGCGAUGCAGCACCCCCAGCUGAGUGUUCGAGAGCACGCUACUGCUGCCAUCAUCCGCUACGUAGCGUUGAGUGAUGCGUUUACUCAAAUAUCCACGUUUCAAGAAGUGAUGAGCAAGCUCAACUUGUAUUCGCCCCAUGAAGUGCUCCCAGCGGCCCACGCCGAAGGGCUACUAGACGUGGCGGCACAACUGGUGCCACACAUUCCACUGCCGUUUUUGACCAAACACUGGCAAGUGGUGUUUCCCACGUGCGAGAAAUACGUCAUGCAUGUAGCGUCGACCGUACGCCAAAAGUCGGCCGGAUUGAUCGGGGCGCUGGCAACCUUGAGCACCACUUCCAUCGAAGCGAUUCCGCUACUGGCGUCCAUUUUAGAGUCUUUGGCCCUACCAUGCUCGCAGCACCCCGACGCCAACCAGCGCGAGUUCUUCUGGCAGCGCAUGGAAGGCCGACUCAUGGGCAUCGACAGCCUCGUACAUGUGCUGGGUGUGAACAAGCUGACGAGCAUAUCGAGUCAGCUGCUUGCGCCACCGACGAAACCGGCGCCGAAAGCGUUUCAGUCGUUUCAACACACGAUGGACGAGUUAUUGCAUUUUGACAACGAAUAUGCCACCUUGAUGGGAACAUUCGCAUCUUGGGUUGGUGAGAAGACGUCGCCGCGGCCAAGCCACUGCAUCUUGGCACAGCUGCCCCCCAACCUACUUCAUCGCAUUUGGCAUGCCUACGUCCGCCAUACUUACGAGUGCUUUCAAUCUCCCCAAUACGAGCUCAAACGCAUGGCGGUGCAGACCCUCCCGGGGCUUGUUCGGUUGAGUGUAUGGCUUGAUGAUCCAGCGAUUUUGGUGCCUGCGUGGCUGCCGACAGUUGAGCCGGUGCAUCCGACGUUCAUUUGCCUGGUUAUCAAGUCGCUUGCGUUGCACACCCGAUUCCUACAUGAAACAAUAACGAACACGAGAAGUGUGUCAACGGAUGAUCCCAGGAUCCUCUCUUCGUUAUUGAUAACUGCGACUAUUGAGACUGCACUGAGUGUGUUGCAGUCCCUGCAACCAGCACUGUUGGCCGUGGACGUGACCCUGCCAGUGGACAAGGCGUUAAGUCUGGCAUAUGUCGAAGCUGGCGCCUUGCUGCUGCUGUUUCAGUCUGCUACGGCACUGGACACAAAAACCCAACCAGCUAAUGCUUUGUUGUUGCAAGCUGUGUUAAACGUGCUGUGGGCGUCUCACGUCAGCGACGACCCAGCGGUGGACCGUGCGAUGAGCUCGACGGUGGUUCGGUAUUUACCAGGGCUAGCACUGCUCCCGCUAACUCAAGACCAAGCGACGAGACUGAUUCAAAUAUCGUUAUCAUGGCUCUCGGCUACUGACAGCCUGCGCUGGAUUGUCGUGGAUGGCAACGAAGCGCGAUGUCACUUGGUGGACGCGCUCGCGGUGUUGGCGUUGCAUGCUAGACCACCGUUGACCAAUGUGUGGAAUUUGCACGACAUCACGACCGCUGCGGCGCCGUUUUUACUCCACCCUACGGUGCCGUUGCGCCUCUUUGCCAAGUUGCUGGUGUUGGUGUCGGCCGUGGCUGCGUUUAGUCGGGCGGAGUGUGUGCGGCCGCUACUCCACCUGUUGCUAAGGCCAGAGAUCUCGUUUCAAUGCGAUGCCACCACCGCUACUUUCCCCACCACGUCGUCCUUGACACCAUCUCCUGCGGUGUUUAACGAAUGGGAUGACGACAGUGGACAAACAGCAGCAGCAGCUCCAACGACCGACAGGAAAGCCGUCUGUUUCCAGGCGUUCUGGACGUCCUUUGACGCGCCCAGUGCGUCGGGGGGUCGCGUCUCGGACCUCGUGACAGGCACUUGCACUCCGGACGAACGAUUGACCCUGGAAACGUUGCAACGACGUGGCAAGAAGAUCUAAGUCAUAUCCCCGUUGGAAGAGAUAGAUUUAAAAGUGUGUCUUUCGUAGUCCUUUCAUGUACCAUAUGCACUCAAUUUCAUAAAAAAACGAAAAAGUAUUCAGCGACAUUUUCUGGAUUUUGCGAAA